GCGUCGGCUCAGUUACGUCAUCCUUUUACACACACACACACACACACACACACACACACACACACACACACACACACACACACGCGCGUACACAAACCCACCGGUUUCGCCUCCACGCGAUUUUAUAGAGUCGACUGUGGUUUUGACGAUGAUUAAAAACGGACAUCACGGCGCUCCGGAGGCCGGAAGUGCGGGAGCGGAGAAAAGGAAGCGGUUAGUGCGCGUGUGGUGUGACGGCUGCUAUGACAUGGUGCAUUAUGGUCACUCAAACCAGUUGCGGCAGGCAAAGGCGAUGGGUGAUUACCUCGUGGUUGGAGUUCACACAGACGAAGAGAUAGCGAAGCACAAAGGUCCACCUGUGUUCACUCAGGAGGAGCGCUAUAAGAUGGUGCGAGCCAUAAAGUGGGUGGAUGAGGUCGCAGAGGGAGCACCGUACGUCACCACGCUGGAGAUCCUCGACAAGUACAACUGUGAUUUCUGUGUGCACGGAGAUGAUAUCACGUUAACAGCGGAUGGAAAGGACACGUAUGAGGAGGUGAAACAUGCAGAUCGGUACAGGGAAUGCAAACGCACCCAAGGUGUGUCCACAACUGACCUUGUGGGACGCAUGCUGUUGAUGACUAAAGCUCAUCAUACCAACAUGAAUAACUCUGAUUACAAGCAGCAUGCAGAUAACUUUGGAAAGGGUCCUAAAGGCCAUAGUCCCUGGACCGGUGUGUCUCAGUUCCUCCAGACGUCUCAGAAGAUCAUCCAGUUUGCGUCUGGUAAAGAGCCGCAGCCCGGAGACACCAUCAUUUACGUAGCCGGAGCGUUCGACCUCUUCCACAUCGGCCACCUGGACUUCUUAGAGACGGUAUUCAAACAAGCUGAGAGACCCUACAUCAUCGUUGGGCUGCACUUUGACCAGGAAGUGAACCGCUACAAAGGGAAGAACUACCCAAUCAUGAACAUCCAUGAGAGAACUCUGAGUGUGUUGGCUUGUCGGUACGUGUCAGAAGUGGUGAUUGGGGCACCGUACACCGUAGGUAAAGACCUCCUGGACCACUUUAAGGUCGACAUGGUGUGUCACGGAAAAACUGAGGUUUUCCCAGAUAAGGAUGGAUCUGACCCCUACGCUGAGCCAAAAAAGCGAGGAAUAUUCAGGACCCUGGACAGCAAGAACGACCUCACCACUGAUGACAUCGUGCAGAGGAUCAUCGCUAACAGGCUGGAGUUUGAGGAGAGAAACCAGAAGAAGGAGGUGAAGGAGAUGGCUGUGAUUGAGGCUCUGAAGCACAAAACUGAUGGAGAGAAAAACAAAGCAGCUGCUCAGUAACUGACAAAAAACAACAACCAAAGGGCUUGAAAACUUUCUCCUUUAACUUUUCCUGCUACUUUUCCUCUGUCGUCUUCUCUCCGUCUGUGUGAGUGCGUUUAACGUGUCUCGGCGUCAGCGUGUCCGUUAGGGGCGGAGCUCUGAUAGGUAGAUAAAGUGCAAAGCUUUGUAACUGAGGACGUUCACACUAGCAAGCGUUGGCCAGUGGGCGUGGCCUGUCCGGUGUUCGAAUAACAGCAGUAGCUAUGAACAGCUUCUAAAGCUAGCAGGUUAAACAUAAAUGAAUGUCAUGCACUAAACAGGCAAGCUCGCUGUUCUGGCUACGUGCGCUCUGUCAACAUUCUCUGCUACUUCAUCUCUCCAAACACUUAAUAAGCGUUCUGAUUGGACAGGUCGAGAGGGUGGGGUUUUAUUUGCAUCAAAAUGGGAACUAACGUUGAUUUGCCAGCGAGGAACUGAAUGGACGAGGACUCAUUCGAGGUGAUUUAAUCAUUCUCGUUACAGCACCACACUUAUUUGCAUAUUAAUGAAUAAAAUUACCCGUCGGCCUGCUAGCGUGAACGUAACGUCGCACCCCACUUACCCAAAACGUCUUAGCCGUCAGCCAGAAAGUUGUGUUUUUUUUUGUUUGUUUGUUUGUUAAAAAAAAGCUUUUCUUCGUGCUCUCUCUCUCUCGACGGCUCACCGGGUUUUUUGUUGUUGUUUUUUUUUUGUUUUCGUGAAAUGUUCUCGUACUGUUUCUCCACGCCUGAUAGCGUGUGACCUCUGACCUCGAGUCUGUGCCAUGUUAAAAUAUAACAGAGUAACACAGUGUGUUCAAGUGGGAUGUCAGAAAUUUCUGACCUCAAGUCAGGAGGGAAAAGUCCUCCACUCAGGCUCUCAGUUCCUCACACGGGAAAUUGAGAUUUUUAUCUUGUAGAUUUUUUUUUUUUUUUUAAUUUAAAAAUGAAAAAAGCUGCAGGUUAAAAGUUUUAGCAUCCAGGAACUACUUUACCUUCAGAAUCCACACAAUAAUAAUAAUAAUAAUAAUAAUAAUAAUAAUAAUAAAGGGGGCACGGUGGCUUAGUGGUUAGCACGUUUGCAUCACACCUCCAGGGUUGGGGGUUCGAUUCCCGCCUCCACCUUGUGUGUGUGUGGAGUUUGCAUGUUCUCCCCAUGCCUCGGGGGUUUCCUCCGGGUACUCCGGUUUCCUCCCCCAAGACAUGCAUGGUAGGUUGAUUGACAUCUCUGGAAAAUUGUCCGUAGUGUGUGAGUGAAUGAGAGUGUGUGUGCCCUGCAAUGGGUUGGCACUCCAUCCAGGGUGUAUCCUGCCUCGAUGCCCGAUGACACCUGAGACAGACUGAGUAAUAAUAAUAAGAUACUAAAAACAUUUUAAGAAAGUCGUACCAUAAAAAAAAGUGAGCCGUAUUUAAUCUGUAGGGGGAAAAAAUAAGUUUUCUAACUGUUUUAAGUAAAGUUUGCGUUUAACUAAAAACAUGAUGAUUCUUGUGGAAUUCCAAAAUAAAUUCAAUUUUUAAAAGUAGAAAUGUGAUUUUUUUUUUAGCAGCAUAGAAAAAAAUCAUUUUAAAUUACGCUUAUAAUUUGUAAAAACUAUUUUAACAGCAACAAACAACCCCAGAGAAGCGAAAGUGUUUACACGGAGACAUGCGCCGCUGUAGUAGUGUUUAACAUGAAGGGAACCGUUUUUAUCCUCAACACAACUCCACAUUCUAAUAAAUAAUCCCAGAUUAAAUAACACAACAAUGAUGCUGCUUCUGGAUUAAAACGUGUUGUGAGGUGAGGUGACGCUCCCUGGUGAACGAUCUCUCACCAACGUCACUAGUGAAGAGGGAAGAAACGAGGCUCAUGAAUGUUCAGCUGGUGAAUUUGCCAUAUUUAUUAUAAUCUGAAUGUAUCAGGUCGUGUGUGUGGGGGUGGUGUUAGCUUUUUUGUUUGUUUGUUUUUAAAUCUUGGUACCAGAUGCCGGUGUUUGUAUCAGCAACAUAAAAACAGUUUUAUUGUGUUUUGUGUUUUCACCCUCGGUCACAAUCCCGAUUCUUACUUUUUACACGACUUCUAGUUUCUUUGACUUCAGAAGUGAAGAUUUUUCCAGAAGUGACGUUGUUGUUUCUCGAAAGGAAAAUGUGUAUUUGAAUUUAUUCACAUUGUACAUGGGCGAACACACAGCGAGAACACGCAUCGUGAACACGCACAGUGAACCUACAGCGUGAACACGCCAGUGAACACACAGCGUGAACACGCACAGUGAACAUGCAUGGUGAACACAGCGUGAACACGCACAGUGAACAAGCACAGUGAACACAGCGUUAACACGCACAGUGAACACGCAUCGUGGACACAGCGUGAACACGCACAGUGAACACCGCUUCAUAUCAGUCAGAGAUUCAAGAAGUUCAGUUUAUUUGUAUCGUGCAUUUUUUUCCCCAUUCAUGUCCCACUGCCACAUUAUUGAUGACUGAUUUUAUACACACACCAAUAAACCCUGUACCAAGAAGA